GACACUGAAAACUGUCAUGGCCGAACCAGAUUACAUAGACGAAGACAAUCCUGAACUAAUUAAGCCUCAGAAACUAAUUAAUCCUGUAAAAACAUCCAGGAAUCAUCAAGAUCUUCAUCGAGAACUCCGUAUGAAUCAGAAAAGGGGUCUCGCUCCUCAGAACAAGCCAGAGCUUCAAAAAGUCAUGGAGAGACGAAAAAGAGACCAGGUUUUCAAGCAGAAAGAAGAGGAGGCCCAGAAGAAGAAGUCAGACUUGGAAAUAGAGCUUCUCAAGCGACAACAGAAAUUGGAACAACUCGAACUUGACAAGCAGAAGAUCCAGGAGGAACAAGAAAACGCCCCCGAGUUUGUGAAGGUGAAGGGCAACUUGAGAAGAACGGCCCAGGAAUCCUCGGAAGCUCCAGACUCGUAG